AUGUUACUGCUUCUUCUAUUAUGGAACGGUUUCUUGGUGAACAUGAUAAUGAUAGAAGCAGGAGUCGAAGGUGGAGAUGGACAUAACAUAUUACUUUCAUGGUUUUUUGUAGAAAUUGAGAUUGAUGAAGGUAGAGAUGAGGAAGAAUCUGAUGUUGGAGAAUUUGGUCAUGGGUAUUCAAACCAUUGGAAUCCCCCUGAGUUCGUCUCUAAUCUCUUGGUAUUGAAAGAUGCAAGGAAUCAAAACUAA